AUGCAACCUCUCCAGGACUCUGGCCAUGCAAGUGCGACCUUGUCACAAAAUUCGUGUCAGGAAUCAAAAUCCGUCUCGACAGCCUCCAUCCUGCCUCCACCCGCUCUCGUCAACGCUAAGCCAGUAACCCCGAAGGACGAGACCGUCGUCGCUGCUGAACUGGAUGCAUACCCAGAAGGGGGGCGGGUAGCAUGGAGAAACGUUCUCGGCGCUUACACGAACUCCUUUGGGGUUUACCAAGACUAUUAUAACCGAGUUUACUUGAGCAACACAUCGUCCUCGACCAUCUCGUGGAUUGGCAGCAUCUCAGCCUUCCUGCUCGUGCUGCUCGGCAUCCCUGUCGGUCAUCUCUACGACCGCGGAUACUUCUACCACCUUCUCUACGGCGGAUGUGUCGUUCUCUCAUUCUCUACCUUUAUGCUUUCCCUCGCCCAGCCCGGUGCCUUCUACCAGAUCUUCCUCGUCCAAGGUCUCGGUGUAGGCAUCGGCGCCGGGAUGGUGUACAUCCCGAGCAUGGCCGUCGUCUCUCAGUACUUCCACCGUCGGCGCGCGCUCGCCAUGACCCUCGUCGCCGGCGGCGCCUCGCUCGCGCCGGUCGUAAACCCGAUCAUGCUCAACAACACGCUCGACCGACUCGGGUUCGCGACCGCAACCCGCGCGAACGCGGCGCUCAACACCGGGCUGCUCCUCGUCGGCUGUGCGCUCACGCGCCUCCGCUGCGUGCCCGUCGCGGAGGAGGGCGGCGGGAGCGGGUGGCGGGCGAUGUGGACGUCCGCGCGGGCGUUCGCGCGCGACCCGCCGUACGUGCUCACCGUGAUUGGGAUCUCCGUCUUCAUCGUCGACUUCUACUUCCCGCUCUUCUACAUCCAGCUCGACGCCAUCCAGCACGGACUCAGCCCCCAAUUCUCCUUCUACGCGCUCGUGAUCCUCAACGGGUGCAGCUUCGCGGGGCGCCUCCUCAGCGGCGCGCUCGCCCACUACGCCGGGGUGGGCCGCGUCGUCACCGCUUCCGCCGUCGCCUGCGCCGUGCUCGUCUUCGGCAUGAUCGGCCUCCACACCGUCGCGAGCGUCGUCGCGAUCGCGUCCAUCUACGGCUUCUUCGCCGGCGCGUACAUCGCCCUCCUCGGCCCCUUCUUGGUCUCGAUGGCGGGCAGCAUGUCCGAGACCGGGCUCCGACUCGGGAUCGCGUGGUGCAUGAGCGGCUUCGGCAGCCUCAUCGGCACCCCCAUCGAGGGCGCGCUCCUCACCGGGGAAUACGUCUGGUGGCGUCCGGCGGUCUUCAGCGGGGUCGUUGGCAUGUUCGGUGUAGGCUGUCUCGUCGCCGCCACGGUGCUGAUGCACAGAAGGGAGGCUGACACGCGCAGCGAAAACACGUCCGUAGACGACAAGGCCUGA